AUGGCACCUCUUUGGGUUCAUCCCAGCCCGCACCUCACACGCCUUGACGCGUUCAGGCGACACAUCAACAAACGAUACAAUGAGCAAAUACGAGACUACGCAUCACUGCAUCGAUGGACCGUCGAAAAUCUAGAAUUGUUCUACCGAGAGCUCUGGAAUUUCAGCGGGCUCGUGACGUCGAAACCGCCGCUGGCAGUCGCUAACUCGCUCGCCGCCAUGUGGCCUCGGCCACAAUGGUUUCCUGGAGCGGAGAUGAACUUCACGGAGAACGUGCUGGCGACUGGUCUCGCGGCUCAUCCAGACAUGAUUGCCGUCUCGGCCUGUCGCGAGGGUGGCACGGACUGGAGGCACUUGGACUGGAUACAACUGCGAGACCAGGUCGCUCUUUAUGCCGGCGCACUCCGAAAUGCUGGCGUUGGAAAAGGAGACCGCGUUUCUAGUAAGUGGUCAUUGGCCUCUCUUUCCCGUUCUUCACCCCUCCAACUCUAUUCGAGAGUGGCCAGUCCCCGGAGUUGAUUACCUCUAACGACGUGCGUAGCGAUUGUGACCAAUUCCCUCGAGGCCCUACUGAUUGCACUCGCAACCGGUGCUAUCGGGGCCAUCUUCUCGUCCACGUCGCCAGACACGGGACCCAAGGGCAUCGUCGAGAGGUUUUCCCAGAUUCAACCAAAGAUCUUAUUCAUCGAGUCCAAGGUGCUAUACGCGACCAAGAGAAGAGAUUUGAGGGAGCGUCUUGGUGCUGCUGUCGAUGAGCUCAAGACCAAGGUCAUAGGCCUGGACAAGGUCAUAGUCAUCAACGAUCCCACGUGGAAAAAAAGCGGACUGUACGUGGAUGAGCUUCCUAACGACAAGUCAGUCGCCGCGGCGACCUCAUCAUCAUCUCUCAUACAUUCACAGCUAAGAAAUAAUGAUUUAACUUUUGAUCCCUCUUCAGAAUCCCACUUGAGGCGUUCCUCGAAGCCCCUGCUCGACUUCUCAAGUUUGAACAAGUACCUUUUGAUCAUCCCAUCUACAUCCUGUUCACGUAGGUUGCCAGUUCAAUUACCUUGGGAUCCAUUCACCCUUAGAGAAGAAGAGCCUAGCUGACACGCUCUUGCUAACGAUAAACAGCUCUGGAACUACAGGCAGCCCCAAGUGUAGGUUAACUUCAAAUCAAGAUACAAAAUGUUCCAUGACAGCUCACACCCCCGCUAUAAGGUAUUUGUCACUCUGCAGGAGCAGUUCUCCUUAAAAAUAAGCUAGAUCUGGCCCUGGGCAUGGACAUGGGCAUAGACUCAACAUAUUACCAAUACACCACUGUCGGUUGUCUCUUGUUUUGCUGCUUUUCUCCCCAAUAACUUUUAUAUAUCAACGACAGAGAACUAACUCCCACACUUGCGGCCGCCAGACCGGCUGGAUGAUGUGGAAUAUGCUCAUCGGUGCUCUGAGUCUCGGAUUGAGGAUUGUUCUUUACGAUGGGAGUCCACUGCAUCCAACUCCUUCCUUUCAACUCAGGCUUCUUGAAACCCAGGGGUACGUAUGACUUCAUCUCAUUCAUCGUAUUGUUAAGCAUUUCAUGCGAUCCGCUAAUUGGAAACUUAAGGGUAACUCAUUGGGGCACGAGCCCAAAAUUCCUCGCCGGACUUAGAAUCGACCCAGAAAGCAGUCCGAUCGCAAGGCGCCUGGAGAGCCUCCAAAACGUCCUUGUAUCCGGCUCCCCUCUAAGUACCAGUCUCGCCGCUUGGUUUUACGCCGAUAACUUCCCACAGCACGUAGGUCUGCAUAAUGGUUCCGGCGGCACCGACCUCGUUGGUGGUAGUAAGUGAAUGGAUUUUCUCCGCCGAAGCUUGGAGCACCACCGAACGCGCACCGCUAACAUGAGAGCCUCUCCAAUAGUUGUCGGUGGAAAUAGUCUCUCGCCCGUUUUCGGGAGCGAGCUGGCCGCGGCGACUCUUGGAAUGAAGGCAGAGAUCUGGAAUGCAGACGGUGAAAGCAUGGAAGACUCGGGGGAACUGGGCGAGCUUGUCAUCACGAAGCCUUUCGUCAGUAUGCCGGUCAAGUUCUGGGGAGAUGAUGCCACAGGCAACAGGUACUUCGAUACGUACUUUUCGCUGUACCCAGGCGUUUGGAGCCAUGGCGAUUUGACAUCGAGGAGCCCCGCGACAGGAGGUUAUUCUAUUCACGGCCGCAGUGAUGGAGUCCUCAACCCAGGAGGUAUUGACGGAUGCCCCAUCUUCUUGGCCUUACUCGUACGUUGGAACUUGCGGGCUGACAUUGGAAUUGGUUCUAGGCGUCCGCUUUGGUACGGCCGAGUUGUACGACGUGGUCAGUCGAUUUCCCGAGAUCGAAGACUCCGUUGUCGUGGGCCAACGGGUUCAUCGCCGUCAACAAAACGGCGGAGGCGACAUAG